GUAAAAUUCUGCAUGCACUUUUACUGCGUCAUCUUUCUACGUUAAGUUCCGUUACGGAUGUGGUGAUAGAUGAUUUCAGGUCCAUUCUUACCGAGGAUCGGGAGGCGGUACUGAUUGCCAUCGAAAGAGCGGCUUCUGUAACAGGAAGGACACUGCAGAUCAUUUCUCUCGGUGUAAGUGAGGCAACAACCGGGCUUCGGCGUAGCCUUGACGUACAGAAGAAAUGUCGUGAAAUUGCGGAGGCGGCCAUAACGUUGCCCCUUACAGAAGAGGAAUAUGAGACUCUUGACGAGGAAGGACGUGAUGCGUACAACCGUCGUCUGUUGCACUAUAAUGCAUGUAAGCGGGCCCUUACUGAGGCCUCCAACGAGGUGUCACGCUACGAAGCGGAGCUGGAAAACAACCCACAGUUAACGGUCCAAGAGCAUGCGGAGCAAAAUAUCAUUGCAUUGGAAGAACAGGAGGCACUUAUCCGGUCAGCCUCGAGAAGUAAAAAAAAUGUGUCGGAACCGCGUUCUAGGCCGCAAUGGGAAGAAAUUUCUGAACUCGAACAAUACAAGGAGCUCUACACACAACUGCGGUGCAUCGGGGGUGUGACGCAUAUUGUGGUGAGCGGAGAAGCGGAGGAAAAGGAUGUCAAUAAGGCCAUCGUGGAACAAUUCUUCUCAGGGGAUAAUGUCAUGCAUUCAAGUCCGCCUAGCCCAAUUCCAUUCUCCUUGAUGGAAGAUAAAAAUGAGAGUCUGAGUUUUUUGCCCAAUGUUAGACGCAGUGGAAUGUGGGAGUUGAUUACAGAAGAAACAAUGGGACGCACAAACACGCGAGUUGAGCAAUUUUGUUUCUUUACUGUCACACGGCGAGAAGUUUUGGUAAAAAAGACAGCGAAGGGAAGUCCCGCGCAGACGACGUUGGCAAUGGAGGAAACCGCACGAUGGAUAGUACCGCCCAAGUCAUCGGUAGAAGUCACUGUUGUUUUCUGUAGCGAUGGAUUGGGACAAAUUAACAUUCCCUUCUCGUUUGGAAUUACAGGUACAACUCAAGAAAUCACCUUGCCUGUUUUUGCGUGCACCGCAUACCCAGAGAUUUGCCGAGAUUAUAAAAAAAUAUUUCCCUUCACGAAGCCACGUGCCAUCGCUGGAAAACGGCCAAUUCGUGUUUUUGUGAUGUCGAAGAAAACAUAUGAAUUUGGUCCGCUUAUUGUCCCUGGAGGGGUCGUCAGUGCGCAAUCGUCAUCUUUCAAGAAAAACAGGCAGCUGAAUGAGUCAUUAAGCACAAUCAAUAGGUCGGCGGUCCUUAGUAAUAAGGAGUCUGGAGCACAGGAUACAAUGACCUUCACAAACACCGGGAUUUUCCCUGCAGAAGUUUCAUUAUCAUUUGGAAAAGAAAAGGAAACAAACUUUUCUGUCACCCCAAACAAAUUUACUUUAAGUGUGGGAGAAACGGCAAAUGUUGUGCUUCGUGCCGCCCCUGAAACUAUUGGAGAAGUUUUCUCGACUCUUGUUGUGACGGUGCGAGACAACCCCACACCCUGGUUUGUGAAUGUCUCCUGCGUGGGUACACGUCCGGCGGUUACACUGAAUGGAAAGAAGGAGUUGCUGGUACAAUACGGACGCUGUCUAAUUAAACGUGAGGUGGGAAAAGUGAUUAACAUCGCCAAUGACAGUUUGAUGCCUGUUUGCUGGCGCAUUGCGGGGGUUGAGAAGGUUCCAAUGGAGUUUAAGUUAAGUUCUACCGGUGGUGUUCUUGAUGUGAAUGGCAUGUAUCCGUUGGAGAUUGUUUUCAAACCCACGCGUCCUGGUGUUCACAAUAUGUCACUGAGGGUGGAAGUGACAGAUGCGGAAGAGACGUUGUUUGAGUCCAUUCCUUUAACCGUUAAGGCUGAGGCUCAUGAUGUGGUGAUUGAGUGGUCAAAUCAUGUGGAUUUUAAACUUAUGCAUGUGGGUGAAACAAAGAAAGAGAAUGUACUCAUCCUCAACAAAAGCCCAUAUGAUGUGGGUUACCUGCUACGAUUGCCCAAAUGCCUUCAAAACCUCAUCUCACUUAAUCCGAGUGAGGGGGUAAUGCGUGGGUUGGUGGGUUUCAAGGACGCCUUUUUGUUGAAUGUGGAGGUGACGAUUCGCUUCGACAAGGAAGGCGAAAUCCCGGCAUCACUCGGUGUGAUUGAAGCCUCCUUCUUUGACCCCGUCAAAAAUGAACUACUCUUCCCUGUGCAAAGUAUCCCCGUGAGUGGGGAGGCAUGGUACAAUCGAUUUACCAUUAAACCAGCUUGCAUUGACUUUGGGUUUUGUGUUGUCAAUCAAAGUAAAAAAUGCUCCUUUGAGCUGCAAAAUACCGGCCACUUUCCACUUAACUUUAGACUGUUCAACUACAAAAAUGGGCCAGCGUUACUGCAGCAGGAGGAUGAGGAAGGUGUCGGCAAAAAGCAACGCAAGUCUGCGAAGCCAGACCCAGGAUUUCAGUUGGGUGUCUUUACGGUGUCGCCAAGCAGUGGCACUGUUGCUGUAGGGGAAACUUUUUCAUUUCAGGUGCUCACUAUACAGAAGACACGAUCAAAUAAUAGGGAGACACUUGGUAUAUAUGUGGAUCACUGUGACCCAGAGACGGAGGCAAAAGGUAUUCCUUUUGAGCUUGUCGCCUCCACAACAACCCCUGGUAUUGUGUCCGACCUCUCAUCCCUUGUGGACGUGGAGACUAUAUUUGAGGAACAACAAGUGGUGUCAAGCUAUUCUCAACGUAACAAGACGUUGCGUGCCUACGCAAGGGAUACUCGUACCUUUUACUUUGGCACUACCCUCGUUGGCAGUCGGGUGGAGGAGCGAUUCCGAAUUGCCAAUUCCAGUCCGCUCAUGUGCACUGUAAAACUGCAGCUUUUGCCGCAAUACCCACGGGAGGGGAAAGAGAAAGAGAGGGACAAGAAGGAACGGGAACCUCUUCUAGAAGUGGAUGGAUUUCAAUUGUCGAUUGAUGGGGAGCCAGAGAAGACCAAUACGCUUCAAUUGCCGUCCUUUGAGAGUCGCUUUGUCACGGUUAGCUUUGCUCCUUCCACACUACAGUCUUCUCGUGCACGGUUUGAGGCGGUUGUGGUUGGUAUCCCGGAUCCAAAGGCAAGUGCUUUGGAAUUUGAACUUGCUGGCGAGGGAGUUUUGCCUUCGGUGGAGUACAUCCUUCCGCCGCGGCUCCAGACGCCAUUUGCCGUUAGUUUGACAACAACAAUGAAAAAAGGAUCCAGAGUGAGAGGAAGGGAGCCCAGGAAAGUUGCGGCGCACCAAAUGGCGGAAUUUGCAACAGAGAAUGCUGUUUCCGACACGAUUCAGUUACCCGUGACACUGGUUGGAAACGCGUCGUCGAGAACGUUUACUGUGCGUAACACAGGCGAGUUGGAUGCUCAUAUUCGUGUUUCAGCUCCCGAUGAGUUUACGAGUGACAUUAGUGUCUCGAAGCUGAGAGAAGUGUUAUCUCUUCCUGCGGGUUGUGCCGAAUCCUUUACAGUGAACUUUGCACCCACUUCAAUUGAAAAGCAUCGGGUGCGGUUGCGUGUUGCUGUGACGGAAAACCCAUAUGAGGACCGUGAGUUAUGGAUCUUGGCUGAAAGUUACUUCAAUGCCAUCAGCUUUGAAAAUAUUGACCCUGGAAGCGAGGACCAACUAACGUUGGGCCAGUGUUAUGUCUCACAGCCAGUGGAGCAUGUGAUGUUGCUGCGUAAUAACAGUCCCCAUGCGAUCCGUUUCGAGUGGAGUUGUUCCUCUUCCAUCCUCCAAUGCACCCCACAACUGGGUCACAUGUCACCAGGUUCAACAAAGCAAUUAACGUUGCGGCUUUACACGGAUACCGUAUCGGGGGAGACCAUUUCCACUGUAUUCCGAGUGAAGUCUAUUACAACGAUGGAAGGGGAUGAUUGGGACAAUACGCAGACAAAAUCGAGGUGGGCCGUAUUAUCCCCAGCGGAGGAUCCGGAUGCCGUGGAAAACUCCACCUCUUCAGAGAGCAAUACUCGAAAAAAUGUUCGUAAAGUUCUUGAAGCUGUUCCAGAGCCUUCGUACAACGUCACUGGUGAUCUUUCGCUGCAAAAGACGCUUUACGUGAGCUAUGCCACUGAAUUUGCCUCAUACAAAAUCACGCUACCGAUGAGUGGGGAUAUGGAGAUUUCCGACAAUCUCACGUUCCCCUUGACGAAGAUAUUUCAGAGGCGAAUUGCCACACUUCGGGUAAAGAACACGGGUUUGAAUGUGUUGCCCUUUUCGUUUGAAAUACAUGACCCGCAGCGACAAUCGGGUAGAGAAGGAGGGAUGCCCGGUGUAUUCACGGUGGAGCCCGCCUCCGGUAAGAUCGAUCCUCGAGCUUAUCAGGAUGUGAGUGUGAUUUUUGCACCGAAGUCCAUUGAAAAUACUUCUCAGGUUCUUGUGGGCUCUUUCCCCCACAGUCUCGAGCCCAAAGUUUACAUCUCGCUCCAAGGAACGGCGGAGUGUCCUUUGGUUCACUUCAAUGUGCCCGCAUCCGAUUAUUUGGUUUCCCGUGUUGAUGGUGAGGCGGGAACAAACUUGGAUCCCAACACGAUUCCACUCAUGUUCUAUUCAUGCGGUCUGAACAGUAAGUGCAGUGUCAGAUUUAAAGUCAUUAAUCCCAGCACAAAUACUUAUCGCUUUGAAUGGAUAAGCGAUCCCUUGUCGCGGCGAAUCUCGCCAUUUCGGUGUUUGACGCCUUCUGGUUCUAUUGCGGCUGGGAAACAGUAUGAAAUGGCGUUUGAUUACUUCUCCAACUCCAUCGGUAUUAGUGAGGCAAAAUGGUCGUUUUUCAUUUCGGGACAU